GCAAUACAGCGUGUAGUCUGACGGAAACGGACAAGAAGAAGAAGUAAACGGAAGAGAACCAUGACGAAAAACAACUUCCACGUUAGCGUUUUUAUUUAGACGUUUUAACGUCCUGGAACUCAACAUAUGAUUAAUUUAAAUGCACAUCAUCAUCCCAUGUUGUGUUUAUUUCGAGUUGGAAACAGGAUUUGUUUGAUAGCUAACUAGCUUGCUGCUAAAGUUAGCCAACAAUGGCUAACUGUAUGAUUUUUCACACUCAAAUAGCCUCCAUCAUGGAGGUUCUAGCGAAUGCAGCCGUGGCAGAGAUCUGUAAACUCGUAGACGACGACUAUGCAGUGUUUCGUUUGGAAAUAACUCAAAGCCAGAAAGAAAACAGGGCAUUGCGGAGAAAACUACUGGAAACGAAGGUGGCACGGGAGCGCGCAGAAAGGACAGCGCGAGAGCGCGUCCUCGCCAGUCCCAGUAGUGUCAAGAUCCUCGACCGAUACAGAGGAAUGGCAAGAGGUGAAGGACAUCUCACUGGAGGCUACAGGACCUUUGUGAAGCCAGUGGGACACAAUGAAUGGAGAGAUGACCAACCAAUCACUGUUGAUGAGGGGAGUAGAACCUCAUCCCAGCACGUUAUUGUAACAGAGUCUGCAGAGACUGCUGGUCCUGGUGUCAAGCUAGAGAGGUCUGAAGGAGAGGAGGACCCACGGCACAGCAGAGACAUCCAGACUGGAACGGCUGACGCGCCUUCUGUAGCCAGAGAGGACCCCACCACCGCCCAAGCACAGCCAAGGAACCGUCGCAGCAUCACGGAGGUCAGUGGAAUGCGGAACACCGUCCUCAAGUCAGAGACAGACACCAAGACUUUAACUGUAACACACAGUCUCUUACAAACAGGAUCUGACCACAGAUCAGACCCAAAGAGACUGGGGCCGGGGAGACUGGGCUGUCUUCCUGCUCCCGGCUCAGAGUACUUACCAGUAUUUCACCAGAGCCAGAGAACGGUUAAUUCCCGUGGGGAUGGUGAUGGUAAUGCUUUAGACACUGGCGGUGAUGAUUCAUCUUGUUCUUACGCUACAGAGAUGGACCCUGGCAACAUAUCCUUGGGUUUAGAGACACAAACUGAUCUAUCUAGAGGGGACUGGAACCAGUACAGUAGUAGUGUAUACUCUGAAGGGUGCCUAGAUAAGAAAGGGGAGGGUCUGGUCGUAGAUGAAGUGACUGUGAAAGUGGAGGGCGAUGUUCCUCCCACAUGGAAUGCAAAUAGUCACGUAGGAGACGGAAACUCACAGGGCAGAGAUGUCUUAGAUUACAGGGAAAGCUUAGAGACAAAUCUAAAUGUCACGACCCACUCCCCUUUACACACAUUCAGGGAUUGUGACCCAGUGUCCACAUUGAUGGGGCCUUCCGAUUUACACAGCCGUGUCCUUUUCGAUCAGGUAUUGAACUCAAACGACAGGGCUAGAGCCCAGGCUCAGGGAGGGGGAGCCACAUCAGGCAAUAUUAAAGAGAAACGGUUCCUCUGCAUGUUCUGUAAGAAAGGCUUCAGCUGCCUCCAAAAGGUGGAGGUCCACCAGAGGAUCCACACAGGGGUGAAACCCUUCAGCUGUACCCAGUGUCACAUGCGCUUUGCCCAGGCUGGCACUCUGAAGAGGCACCAGAGGGUUCACACAGGUGUGAAACCCUUCAGCUGUACCCAGUGUCACAUGCGCUUUGCCCAAGCUGGUGACCUGAAGAGACACCAGAGGGUCCACACGGGUGAGAAACCCUACAGCUGCCCCCAGUGUGAGAAGAGAUUCACCCGCCAGCACCAGCUGAAGAUGCACAUGAAGGUCCACACAGGAGAGAGGCCAUUUGCCUGUACGCACUGCGGGAAGAGAUUCUCAGAGAGGAGCUACCUCAGGAUACACCAGCAGAAAAAACAUUCCACUCAAUAGCUUCAGAUGUUUAGAUGUAUUAAAUAUAAAGAUUCAUUUUCAUUGUUGUCAGCAGAAAAAGACUCACAUGCAUUUGGAAUAAUGAGAGUAACAGAUUUCAGUGUUUAAUAUUUCUGGGUAGAAUAUUGCAUCCAGACAUUAUAUAUAAAAGCAAGUAAAGCAUAUAUAAGGCAUGUUUGUGCAUAAAAAGUUUGUUACAUAUUGUGUUUGUACUGUGCAGGCCAGGGUUGGGCAACUUUGAUGGGGAUGGGGGCCACAAAAUAUCAGAACUCAGUCAGAGCUGGCCCUAGCCUUUUGGGGGCCCUAAGCUACAUUUAGCAAGUAAAGCAUUUUAGCGGCCCCCUUCUUGACAGCAAAGAGAACAUUUUUUAGUUUUAGAGUUCAUUUCCUGCAAUUCUACACAUUUUGCAAUGGGGUUGAAGAGAAAAUGUUUCAAUUUUCUCUACGGGGUUAAUCCACAGACAAAAGGGGCGCUGCCAGUUGCCCAUCCCUGGUGUAGGCUAUAUGUGGCGCGCUCUGUUUUAACCAGUCGGAAGUCGCAAUGACAAAUUUGCAUAUGAAUUGUGUUUUUGUCAAAAUGUAAAUUUUGCUAUUUGGGGGUUUCAUCUGGUUUUAACAAAACAAUGUCUUUGCUUUCAUCAUCUGUAUGUAUUAUUGCCAAAUUCAGUAUAAAUAUAGUUUUAAACUUAUAAACGUAGGAUGAAACGUAGCACUUUCCCAUCUGUUUGGUGGUUGCUAGCUUGUAACACACCAGGCUUUCGCGGCACUAGAUAAUCUGCACUAUCAAAUGCCUCCUCUAUUCCGAAAUCAUGAAUGAAUUACAAACUAGCAAGCUAUAUGUUUUGAAUCAAGCAACAAUAGGCUAUUAAAUCGGAUGAUUUUCCUGUUUUCCCAAUCAAACCUACUGUAUUGUAUCAUCCUCGGAAAAGCAAAGUGUACCUCAGGCUACACUCUCUUGCACUUCAAAACCCAUCAUACAUAGUUACACUGUCACUACUGCCUACACUUUAGCUAGCUAGCUUAGCUUUCUACUGCGUUGAUGGAUUCCCGGGAGAGUGAAAUCGCUAGAUUAAAAAAAAAAAAAUAGUAAUGUUGUGCUGGGAGCUGGUUCAUACGAUCAGUGGCAUUAACGUAUUGCCGACUACUUUUUGACCCUACGCUACAGAGCAACGUCAUAAGCGACUCUGACAAGCUCACUGAAGUCGAGGGCGAGUACCUUGAGGAGGCAACCCAUUAAUGGUGGAUCCGUCAAUUACGGUGCUUCAGUCGGUUGAGGGUAAAUAUGUCAGUGGUGCUGGGCAAGAAAUUGAAAAGGCUUGCGAGUUCAAUAAAGGGAAUCCGUGAUAUUUGUUUAAUUUUUAUUUUUUUUUACCCCCGAGGAGAUGGUCAAGAGACGUGACCAGAUGAAUUAGCUAACUCAACAAUGAUGGAAAAACAUCUAGUGCUCAUUGGCGAGAUCUCUGGUUCCAUGAACUUCUGCAGGGAAAUGGUCACCUCGAACAGGAACUAACAAAAAGGAAACAUCAGAGGACAUAUUUCUUUGAUAGCCAGCUAAUCUGCAGAGAAACCUUCCGACACAAUUUCUACAAAAAGCUGACUGCAGUGAUAAAGUUCUACAAGGAACAUGGCGAGGCUCAAAGGAAGAAGAGGUUUGGUGGUCGUCUCGCCAGAACAGGUGCUGUCCUACGAGGACACUCAGCGAAUCGUCCACUAUGUCAACAACGUCGCCGAUGUCCAUGCGAUGCCGCUCCCAGGACAGAUCUCUGGAUUUAAGAGGGCAGACAUCCUGGUGCUUCUGACAUUUGAGACCAAGUCCUGUGUGUGUUGCUAGUACAAAAAUGUUAGUGUUUUCCUAAAUCUUGAUACUUAUAUUUGUACCAAACGUUUAUCAGCUCAAGCCAGCGGCAAAGACUAACCAAAGCCCACAUGAACCGGAUCCAAAGAGACUGUCAGACCUUACUCUCUGGUGACGCGUGUAUGUUGUCAGAUUUUCUUUAACGUUUCUCAUUUUAGUUGUUGCUUAGAGACCAGAGCUUACUCGGACCAUUUUUAGCUCAUUCUGUUGCUUGUAUACUACAUGAACAAAAGUUUGUGGACACCUGCUUGUCGAACAUCUCAUUCCAAAACCACGGGCAUUAAUAUGGAGUUGGUCCCCCCCCCUUUUGCUGCUAUAACAGCCUCCACUCUUCCGGGAAGGCUUUCCACUAGAUCAGUGGUCGCCAACCGGUCGAUCUUCAAGGCAUUCCUAGUCGAUCACCAUAUAUUUCUGUAGAAAAGCCAAUGAACGAUAAAGGCUUUGCACUCCUUUUUUUAAAAUCGUGUUGAGCUGUUGCCGGUAGGUGCACUUGAUUCAAAAGUCCUGCGCACCGGGUAAGCAAAGUGUUCCCGCGAGACAAACUCCGCCUACCCAGCUGACCGGCAAAUCUGUGACUAAAUCGGGUGCACCUACUGCGCUGCUCAAUCGGAUAGGGUCAUGGCUACAGAGCUUCCAUGACCCUGGCCACAGCCAAGUUUAAUAGGCUACUAGCCUACGUAAGAUUUAAUAACUUUUAAAACCAUGACCACAGAGAGACUGUCAACGAAUACAGCAAAGAGCUGCUGUUUUCGAGAGUGAGUUCAUGUUUAAGUUUAUAUUCAGUACUGGCACUGUUUUUAUUCAACACUAUUACAAAACGUGCUUCUCCGUACUUCCGCUCGGGCUGCAGCUGCAAUGAAUGAGAAGCCAAGUAUCGAUAGCCCUGCAUUUUAUUAUUAUUAGCAGCUCGUUGUGUCGAUUUUAGUAUUAAGGAAUAUUUAACUUUCUCUGGUCAUAGGAACAACAUGAAUUUGUGCAUGUGGCAGAUGCGGUGCAACUCGAGUUUCGCCAUCAGGUGGAAGACGGUGUCCCCUCUGGUCAUCAGUCUCACCGGAGGAAAGGACGGAGAGAGCAGGGACCGUGAGAGGCGGUUGGGAAAAAUACUUUUGAAUGGUCAUCCAACUCGGAAUUCCAAGUCGAAAACUCAGGCAUCUUUCUAGAGCUCCCGACUUUGACCUGAAGAUCACUGAUGUCUGAUUUGACCUCGUUGACCAUCAGCUGCAGGUACCAUCAGUCCAAUAAAAUAAAAAAUAAACGAAUUAUUUCAA